AUGGAGGACAGUCCUCCUGUGCUGAGUCUGCCUCUGGGUGGGGCCACAGGAUUGGCUGGGUCACGAGUCACGGGUCCCAGUAGGGCCACUCAGUUGCCAGUGCCUCAGCCUGUCUGCACCCAGGCUCUCAUUAAAACAGCGUGUUGCUCCACACCGCCUCGUGUUGUCUGUUGGUGCACUCUGGGGGUUCCAACCUAUGCAAGAGCCUUGCAUCUGGUGCUGAAACCCGCGAGGGGCUUCAGUCCACGUCCCCGGUGGACCUACCACCCCUCCAUCUGGGAGAGCAGGCCACAGCAGCCGGACAAAGGAAGCUCCUCAGCCUCUAGUCGUCUCUCUGUGCAUGCACAUCGGUCACUGAUCUCGCCUACUGGCACAGACGUGUUUAUCGGCCAACGCGACCCUCACAAAAAGCUAUCACUGAAGUGGACAGGCCCCUACACUGUGAUACUCAGCACGCCAACUGCAGUGAGAGUCCAAGGACUACCCAACUGGAUCCAUCGCACCAGGGUCAAGCUCACCCCCAAGGCGGUUUCUUCCUCCAAAACAUUAACAGCUAAGUGUUCGUCUGGGCCAAUUUCUCCUACCAAGUUUAAAUUAACCAACAUUUUUUUCUUAAAACCAAAACACAAGGAAGACUAACCACCUGCUUCCAGGAAUGGCCUGUAUCUACCCAACCACUUGCUAUACCUCUCUUCCAACCAAAAGUCUUAAUACAGGAAUAUCCCUCA